AUGCUCAUUGCCACCCCAUUCUAUGGCGGAAUCACUCAAAGUAUUUUCCUGUACAGCGGUAUUAAGCUGGUCUAUGUGCACCUGACAAGCAAGGUAACCUCUUCGGAGACCCGACCUUUCCAACUCACUGUGCAGAAACUGGAGUCAGCGCUGCAGACAGCCAAAGAGGAGGGCACCAAUGUGAAGGCUGUUAUCCUGAUUAACCCCAACAAUCCUCUGGGAGACCUAUACUCCGUUUCUGAAAUGUUGGACUUCCUGGAAUUUGCCAAAAGGCACUCCCUGCACGUUAUAGUAGAUGAGAUUUAUAUGUUGUCAGUUUUUGAUGAAUUCAAUUUACUUACAAGUUUUGUGUUCUCACAGGCUUCCUGACCCCCAAAGGACCCAUGUGAUGUGGGGGAUUAGUAAGGACUUCGCAGUCUCUGGGGUGCGUUUUGGCACCCUCUACUCUCAGAAUCCAGAUGUCUGCAAGGGAGUUGCUUCGCUCUGCUACUUUCAUGGGGUCUGUGGACCUGUUCAGUACAAGAUGGCCCAGCUGCUUCAUGACCGUGACUGGAUUAACCAGAUUUAUUUGCGGGUGAACCAUGCUCGCUUGCGGGCUGCUCAGGCCUUUGUGGCGGACGAACUCCGAGCUCUCAGCGUUCCCUUCCUAAACCGAGGAGCCGGAUUUUUCAUCUGGAUUGACUUUCGGAAGUAUCUAGGGCUCCAACCUUCGAGGAGGAAGUCCUUUUGUGGCGACAUUUUCUGGAUAACCAGGUUCUCCUGUCCUGCGGGAAAGCCUUUGAAUGUUGUGAGCCGGGCUGGUUUCGAGUCAUAUUCUCGGACAAGACUCACCGACUGCAGCUAGGAAUGCAGCGGAUCCGGAAGGUUCUGGAGAUGAGGGAGAAGGAGCUUCACCUGGAGCCGAGGAACCUGAAGACCGAAGAAGAUGGUAAGGCAGAUAGCACAGACGAGGUCAUCUACGUCUCCAGCCACCGCGAACCCUCUGGCUCCAACCUGAGCGACCUCAUAGUCCAGCUUCAGCAUCAGAUGCGGACUCGUCGGAUUGGCUGCAGCAGAACACGCGGAAACCUUUGCCAAGCAGAACCCGGAGGUCUUCCAGGUCUACAGCAAAUUCAUGGGGAAGUAG